AAAAUAUAAAGCCAAAGAUUCUUCAACUCCCUCCAAUAUUUUUCGAUAAUCAUUUAGGUUCUAUGAAAAUGAGGCUUUCCAACAAGAAUUUCUCAUCAUCUCUGUCCAUCUUCAUAUUUUCUUUUCUCCUGUGCUUCAGCUCAACUACCUCUUCAGGUAAUGAGACUGAUCUCCAAGCUUUGCUUGAAUUCAGGUCCAAAAUAACUCAUGACCCUUUUAUGAUUUUGAGCUCAUGGAACGUUUCCAGUCAUUUCUGUCAAUGGCAAGGUGUCACCUGCGGCCGUCGGCACCGGAGAGUCACUGUGUUAAAUCUGCAGUCCCUGAAACUUGCAGGCUAUAUAUCACCCUACAUUGGCAACUUGAGCUUUCUAAGGGAACUAAAUCUUCAAAACAAUAGCUUCAGUCGAGAAAUCCCACAAGAAAUUGGCUAUCUGAGAAGAUUGAAAGAACUCAAGUUAAGCAACAAUUCAAUUAGUGGGAGAAUUCCUACCAAUUUAUCCAGUUGUUCAAAUUUAAUUGAUAUCCUCCUGGGUGGUAACAAGUUGGAAAGAGAUGUUCCUGCAGAGCUUGGUGGCCUGUCGAAACUUCGAAUUCUUUCCAUAUUUGAGAACAAAUUAACAGGCAGGAUACCCAUUUCUCUUGGAAACUUGUCGCAGCUUCAGAAACUUUCUCUGUCUAACAAUCGCUUGGCGGGCACUGUACCUGAAUCUCUAGGCCAAUUGAGGAAUCUUGCAUUCGUGGGUUUUCGUUCGAAUAAGCUGUCAGGUAACAUCCCCCCAUCAAUCUUCAAUCUAUCUUCCAUCAGAGAGAUAGACAUGGGAGAGAAUCAUUUCCAUGGCAAUCUUCCUUCGGACAUAGGCUUUUCACUUCCAAACAUCAGAUGGUUUGGCAUUAGCUACAAUGAGUUCACUGGGAAAAUUCCUUCUUCUUUCUCUAACGCCUCUAACCUUGAGGUCCUUCUGUUGAUCGGCAACCAGCUCGCCGGAGAUGUGCCAUCUCUAGCAAAGUUACAGAGGCUUCGGGCCCUUUCGCUAACCUCUAAUUACUUGGGAACUGGGAAGAAUGAUGAUUUGAACUUCAUUUACUCUAUAACAAAUGCCACAGGGUUAAAAGAACUGACCAUCAAUGGAAACAAUUUUGGAGGUGUGAUACCUGAGAUCAUUGGGAAUCUUUCAACUUCUUUAACUAUUCUUUUACUAGACAACAAUCGACUAAUUGGAAGAAUCCCACCUGGGAUUGGAAAUCUUGUCGGCUUGCAAGAUCUUGAGAUGUGGAAUAACCAGCUUUCAGGUUUCAUUCCACAUACUAUUGGGAAGCUUCAAAAUCUCGUGGUUUUGGCUUUGAACAACAACACGUUUUCAGGGAGAAUUCCAUCCUCCAUUGGGAACUUAACGAAUUUGAUUCAACUCCUUUUGGAACAAAACAAUCUUUCAGGGAGUAUCCCAUCAACUCUUGGAAGAUGUGGAAGCUUAAUUGGAAUGGAUCUUUCUCAAAACAAUCUUAGCGGUUCCAUAUCCACACAGAUUCUGAGUCUCUCUUCACUGUCAAUCUAUCUUGAUCUUUCUCUAAACAAUUUGACAGGAGAGUUAUCAAUGGAAGUUGGAAAUCUGAAAGGCCUGAGUGAAUUUGAUGUUUCUGGGAACAAAUUAUCCGGUGAGAUUCCAAACUCUCUUGGUAGUUGCAUAAGCCUGGAAAUAUUACACCUGAAUGACAACAAUUUCCAAGGUUCCAUACCUUCAUCUUUGAGUUCACUGAAAGCUCUUCAAGUUCUGGAUUUAUCUGACAAUCAUUUAUCUGGUGAAAUUCCAGAAUUUUUAUCACACUUCAGCUUGCUGGAGCUUUUGAAUCUCUCUUAUAAUAAUUUGACAGGCAUGGUGCCCAGUAAAGGUAUUUUUAAGAAUGCAAGUGCUACUUCAGUUGAGGGAAACAAUAUGCUUUGUGGGGGCAUACCCAAGUUUCAUUUACCUAAAUGCAGAUCUGUAAGGGAUAACAAGAGUGGAUCGGUUCUUAAAUUGAAGCUGGCAAUUGCUAUUAUUUCUGGGAUUUUAGGAGUCACAUUGGUACUGUUGUUUCUUUUCCUUUUCUUCAAGCAGAAGAAAAGAAAUGAACCCACUCCAGAUCUUUCAGAGAAGAAAAUUUUGGAGCUAUCAUAUCAAAAUCUGUAUAAUGCUACUGAUGGAUUCUCUUCUGAAAAUAUGAUUGGUAAAGGUAGUUUUGGUUCUGUCUACAAGGGAACACUUGACGAAAGGGCAACUUUAAUUGCCAUCAAAGUGUUUGAUCUUAUGCGCCAUGGAGCUUUCAAGAGUUUCCAAGCUGAGUGUGAAGCCUUAAGAAACAUCAGACAUAGGAACCUUGUAAAGGUUCUAACAGUUUGCUCAAGUGUUGAUUAUCAGGGAAAUGAUUUCAAGGCUCUGGUUUAUGAGUUCAUGAUCAAUGGAAGCCUAGAAGAGUGGCUGCAUCUACCUACUGCCGAAAACGAGGCAGAUGUGGUGGCUCCAAGGAACUUAAAGAUUCUGCAAAGGUUAAAUAUUUUGAUUGAUGUUGCUCAUGCAAUUGACUACCUUCACCAUCACUGUGAAACCCAAAUUGUUCAUUGUGAUCUCAAACCGAGCAAUAUUCUUCUCGAUGAAGAAUUCACAGGACAUGUGGGUGACUUUGGGUUAGCUAAAUUCCUCCUUAAUCCAACUGAUAUGGAUAAUAGGGCUAAUCAAUCAAGUUCUAUUGGAGUAAGAGGAACAAUGGGUUAUGCUCCCCCAGAGUAUGGAAUGGGAAACGAGAUUUCAACAAAUGGGGAUGUCUACAGUUAUGGUAUCCUCCUCCUGGAAAUGUUCACAGGGAAGAGGCCUACAGAUGAAAAGUUCAACAAAGGUUUUAAUCUUCAUGGCUUUGUCAAGGAAGCUUUGCCUGAUAAUGUGACAGAGAUUUUGGAUCCUAUGCUUCUUAAGGAAAUAGAAGAAGAUGGUCCAACCAUAGAUACUGCUCAACGAAGAAGCAAAACUAGCAGAAACAGAGUAGUUGAGUGCUUGAUUUCAAUAUUUCAUAUUGGAGUUAAUUGUUCUGUUGAAUCACCUAGAGAAAGAACGAACAUUGUUGAUGUUGCACAGAAGCUGAUUUCAAUCAGAAACAAGCUUGUUGGAGCUGAAAUUCAUGGACCGUGAAGAAGUUCAAUCUCAAAGAAAGAGGUCUCAACUAAUCUGGUAAGAAUAACAUAGACUUAAAAGAGCAAUGAAAAGACAUAAUGAUUCCUUUGGUCACUGCAAUAUUUGCCUUCUGUCAUGUCUGAAUUGUGAAGGAAAUCAAAUGUAUUUUCAUAAACUCAUCAUCUUUUGUGCUUGGGCUUUGUGUUUCAUAUAAUAUUAUUUAAUUAAAUGUUCCUAAUUAUUCCUGAAAUCAAAGAACUUUACUAGUAAUUAGGCUACCAGUUUAGUGAUCCAGUAGAUUGUAUUCUCUCUGAGGAAUUCAUAUGUUAAUACAGUACAAUGGAUUUUAAAA